AUGAAGAUCAGAAUUCGUUUCGUGGAUGACUUUGUUAAGGCUGAGAAAAUUACUCGACAUAAGAACAAACAAGCAGCAGAAAAGGAAUCCAAAGAGGCUGCCCGAAAGGCCAAAAACAAAUUUCUUAAAGAUGUUCAAAAAGGAAAGAAGGAAAUUACUGAUGAGGAAUUGAACGAAAGAUUUAAUCCCAAGCAUUUUGCUCGACAACCAUGUGAAUUCGAAAUGAAAGGACGAAGCAAUCAACAUCCAUAUCAGUCGUUCAAGGUGAAAGACAUUUCAUUAUCACAGGAAGGAGUGUUGUUAAAACCUACCUUUUUUAAAGGAAAUGAAAGUGCAUGUCCUUCCAAGAAAUCUAAGGAUCAUCUUUUGAAAUUUUAUUAUCCUACAAGAGCACGAAAGAUGUUAAAGGAAGAGAUUGGUGUUCGAUGCUUCAUGUAUGGUUAUGAUAGUAAUGAAGACGCGUUGGAGUUUGCCGCUCAAGAAGAAAACACUAUACUCUUUUCCCUCUCUCUAAAGCAAGAUCAGCUCAGGUCGGAAAUUGCCAAGAACAAAUUUCUAAAAUACAAUUCUCGGCAGGAACGAAAAUUUUAUAAGGGUUUAAGAAAAGCCUUAAAAAAGAAGAUUAGAAGACUGGAAAGCAAAAUUAGAAAUAAGGUGAAUGAUAUGCAUAACAAAAUCAUUGACUAUUUAACAUUCCACUAUUCUGAAAUUAUAAUACCUGAAUUUAAUGUCAAGGCUAUGAUUGCUAGAAAACAAAAACAAAGGAAGCGUCAAGGAAAAGAGGAUACUUCGUGUCAAGGACAAGAAGGUUAUACUAAUGGCCAAACGGAGAAUAUGGAUGUGCGAACAGAACCUCUUGUUGCAUCGUCUUCACCAUUCGAAGGAUGGGAAUCAAGGGACACCACCACAAGUGAAACCACCACCAACACUUCCGAAUGGGUUGGAAGAAAAAUUACUAGAAAAACUGUUCGCCAAAUGUUGCGAUUUAGACACUAUGAUUGUCGAAUGAAACUCUUGCAAAAGGCAGAAAUGCGUGGAUGCAAGGUACAUGUUAUCACAGAACAAUAUACAUCGAAAACGUGA